AAAAUCGAACGGUUAAGAUCGAGCAUCUUACCCAUGGAAAUUUCAUUAUAACAAUUCAGGCUCACUGUCACCCAUCAAUUCAAGCUGUCCUAUCUCGAUCUCAAUCAGCUUUGCUGCGUUGUGCGGCCAUUAAAAUGCGAUUUUUCGAUAAAACGACAAGCUCACACCUCUCCGCUCUUGUCUUCCUGCCCCUCCACUCUGAUUGGUCUCAUUCUUUCUCUCCGAUCACUCCUGGUGCAUCAGUCUGAUUUUUACUGAAGAAAUCCAAUGAUAGUACCUGUUUGCAUUUGAGUAGGGAGAUCUUAUUGCUUGCAAGAAUUUCGGUCUGCAAUCUGGUUUGCAAUUCUCCACCUUUGAGACUGUAGAUGGCAACUCUUCCGCUUUCAAUUGCAAUACAGGCCUGUUGUUUGAACUGUGGAAUCACUGAAUCAUCUAAGCUGACAGCUACCAAUGGUUUUAGACACAGGGACAAAGCUAUGCAUGGUUUUGUAAAACUGGAUGCAGAAAGAAAGCUAGUUUUCCGAGAAGUUGUGCAGAAUUUCAACGAAAACCUGCCACGGGAUCAUAACUUGAAAGUGUAUGCUAAAUCCCAAGUUUCUGUUGAGCCAAUGGAGCAAAGAUUCUCCACUGGUACUGAAACUGAAGAAAUAGACAAGGUAUCAACUUAUCUAUUUAGGACAGAAAUUGGGGACGUGGUAAAUGUCUUUGUUAGAAAGAGAAAUGCCAAGUACACUGUGAAUAUUGAAGUUCCAUCUUCACACCUGUCUAGCAAUGAUAGAAGACUAGUACUGCGUUGGGGCAUGUAUAGAGCUGAUUCAUCCUGUUUCGUGCCAUUAGACUUCAAAAGUUCAACCCCAAAUGACACAACUACCACCCUCGAAACUCCACUCAUUCAGACUUCUUCCGGCAGAUUUACUCUCGAAUUGGAGUUUGAGGCUAAACAAAUCCCUUUCUAUUUCUCAUUUAUUUUGACUUCUCCAGCAGAUGCUAAUGUGAGUGAUAUGGAGAUAAGAAGCCAUAGGAAGACAAAUUUUUGUGUCCCAGUUGGUUUUGGUCGAGGUUAUCCUGGUCCAUUGGGUCUCACCUUUUCUAAUGAUGGACCCAUGAACUUUGCCAUUUUUUCAAGAAAUGCAGAGAGUGUGGCUUUAUGCUUGUAUGAUAACACCACAGCUGAAAAACCUGCUUUGGAGCUUGAUCUAGAUCCAUAUGUCAAUCGAUCAGGUGACAUUUGGCAUGUGUCAUUUGGAAGUGCAUGGUCUUUUGUGAGCUACGGUUAUAAAUUUAAGGGGAACCUUCUGCUGACAAACAAAAAUAACUUUGAUGAAGGGCAUGUCCUGCUGGAUCCAUAUGCUAAGGUCAUUGCGAAAUCUAUUCCUAAUAAUCAUGGAACAGGGUUGAAGUAUCUUGGAAGACUAUGCGAAGAACCUGCUUUUGACUGGGCUGGUGAUGUUCGACCUGACUUAAGUAUGGAAAAACUAGUGGUUUAUCGGUUGAACGUGACGCGUUUUACAGAGCACAAGUCCAGUCAGCUACCAACUAAUAUAGGAGGCAGCUUUUCAGGUUUGACAGAGAAGUUGGAGCAUUUUAAAGAUCUGGGUGUGAAUGCAGUUUUAUUAGAGCCCAUUUUCCCAUUUGAUGAGCAAAAGGGUCCAUAUUUCCCUCGCCAUUUCUUCUCACCAAUGGAUUGUUUUGGACCUUCUAGAGGCCCUGUAUCAGCUGUCAAUUCCAUGAAAGAGAUGGUGAGGAAAUUUCAUGCCAAUGGAAUAGAGGUCCUACUGGAAGUUGUUUUCACCCAUACUGCUGAGGGUGAAGCUCUGCAAGGAAUCGAUAUUUCAUCUUAUUAUCAUGUAAAUGAGGUUGAGGAUUUGGAAGCCAGAAAUGCUUUGAAUUGUAACUACCCUAUUGUGCAGCAACUGGUAUUGGAUAGUCUUCGGUACUGGGUGACUGAGUUUCACGUCGAUGGUUUUUUUUUCAUAAAUGCAUCAUCUCUCUUGCAAGGGUUCAAUGGUGAAUACUUAUCUCGCCCACCUUUGGUUGAAGCAAUUGCUUUUGAUCCACUACUUUCGAAGACCAAGAUCAUUGCAGAUUACUGGGACCCUCAUGGCAUGGCACCAAAGGAAACUCGUUUUCCUCAUUGGAAGAGAUGGGCAGAAGUAAACACAAAAUUCUGUAAUGAUGUAAGAAACUUUUUGAGGGGUAAGGGUCUUCUCAGUGACCUUGCUACACGGCUUUGUGGGAGCGGGGACAUCUUCUCAGAUGGACGAGGCCCGGCAUUCGCUUUCAAUUUUAUUUCCAGGAAUUCUGGACUUCCUCUUGUGGACCUUGUUAGUUUCAGUGGUGUUGAGUUAGCAUCAGAACUGAGUUGGAACUGCGGGGAAGAAGGACCUACAAAUAAAACUGCUGUACUAGAAAGACGGCUUAAACAAAUUCGUAAUUUUCUCUUUAUCUUGUUUGUUUCACUGGGCGUUCCUGUUCUUAAUAUGGGAGAUGAGUGUGGACAGUCCACUGGUGGUUCCCCUGCAUACAGUGACAGAAAAGCUUUCGAUUGGAAUGCACUGGAAACAGGUUUUGCUACUCAAACCACACAAUUUAUCGCAUUUUUAAGUUCAUUUAGGAAGAGGCGUAGUGACCUUCUUCAGAAGAGGAACUUCUUGAAAGAAGAAAAUAUUGGCUGGUAUGAGAGCGAUCAAACUCCUCCAAGAUGGGAAGAUCCGUCCUGCAAAUUCCUUGCCAUGAGGUUGAAAGCAGACGAAGAUGAAGUGAACCAACCAGGGGAUGAAUCUUCUCAUUCAUGGGGAGACUUAUUUGUUGCCUUCAGUGCAGCUGAUCAUUCAGAGACCGUUGUUCUGCCUCCGCCCCUGGAAGGUAUGGGAUGGCGCCGUUUGGUUGACACAGCUCUUCCAUUCCCAGGUUUUUUCUCUACUGAUGGUGAGCCCGUCGUUGAGCAAAUGGUGGGUUUAUUUGCAUAUGAUAUGAAGUCUCACAGUUGUGCUCUAUUUGAAGCCAGAAGCUUGUAACUUUGUUAGUUGAUCCAUAUUCAAUUACAUUGUGGAAUAUUAUUAUUUCGUUGGUUAACUUUUGAUAGGAUACUUAGAUAAUAAGACCAUUGAAGUGCAGUAUAGUAGCACAUAGGGCACUGCUGUAAAUUCCAUGUAAAUUCAACAGCCUUUCCUGUAAUUUCAAUGCCUUCAAUUUUUAAUUAAAGCAAUAAAAUAAUUAUUCAGGAAA